CUCUCUUGUAUGUCUAGUUAAGGGUGUUUGAAGAAGCAAGAGAAUGUCAAACAGAAAAUCCAAUAAGGUUGCACAAGCGGUUGUUCUGAAGCAGAUUCUGAAGAGGUGUUCAAGUUUUGGAAUGAAGCAUAAUAAUAAUGAAGAGGGUCUCCCUGAUGAUGUACCAAAAGGUCAUUUUGCAGUGUAUGUUGGUGAGAACAGAAGCAGGUACAUUGUUCCAAUAUCAUGGCUUGCUCAUCCACGGUUUCAAAUUCUUCUCCAAAGAGCUGAAGAGGAGUUUGGUUUCAAUCAUGACAUGGGACUCACCAUUCCCUGUGAUGAAGUUGCUUUUGAGUCCUUAACCUCAAUUAUCAGAUAUUAACAAGAGGACUUAAUUAAGGACUAAGAGUAAUAAUUACUUGUUACUUAUUUUAACCUUUUCGGGUCAUAUUUGGUGUUGUAAUUGUAUAUAGAUUGAUGUCCAUGGUCCAUUAUUAUGGCAUGGCAAUGCCUUUUGUAUCAUUAUUAUUGAUGAGCAAUGAUUUAAAUGAAGCAUUGUAAUGUUGCCAUAGAACUCACCAAUAUAAUUUGAAGUUGCUGUUU